UUCCUACAUUCCCGUUGCCACCGCUUCUUCCAAAAAAACCAUCUGUUAACUUCCUAUUUUCCCAAUACAUUGUGAUUCUCCCGUUCGCAUUUUAAAUCUGUACUACAUUUUCCAUAAAAGAUGAACAAGUCUAUUCAAUAAACUUAUGCUUUUAACCGGCGACUUGCCGGAGCUCCGGCAAAUUUUCCAGAAACUUACCAACUUUACCUUUAUUACCCUGAUCAGAUCUACCCCUUUAUAGAGUCAUUUUAGGAUUUUUUUUCAAUGGGAAACAAGUAAAUACUUUGCAUUUUGGGUUUUAUUUUUUCUCUUUGAUUUGCAAUUUAGCACAAUCUGAGUACUUUUGAUUUUAUUUUCCUUGUUAUAAAGGAAGAAUUUAUUGUUGUAUACAUGUCAAAAAUUGAUGGGAAAAUGAAACAUGAUCAGAAGAAAAGAAUUGGUGGGUUUAAUUUAAUGGGGAUGUGUUUUAGUUCUCCAGAUUCUCAACAACAAUCUUUACAAGAACAACAAUAUCAUCAAUUGCCCCACCAUUAUUAUCGUCAUCGCCAACAACAUCUUCAAGUUUCUCGUAAUCCUAGAGUUGACGGUGGUAAUUAUCGAGCAGGUCGAAUGCCCCCUGUACCAAAUCAUAGUAAAACUGCUAUACAUAAAGAGCCAUGUAAAGGAGAGAAGCUGGAUAAUAAGAGCUCAAACUUUUUGUUUACCCCCAAAAAUGUGAAAGAACUCCGUCAACAUCCUGAAUAUAGUAAUGUUGACAUCUUCACGUUUGACGAGAUGAAAUUGGCGACAAAACACUUCAGACCAGAUCUUAUCCUUGGGGAAGGUGGUUUUGGAGUUGUUUAUAGAGGAGUUAUAGAUGAGCUUGUGAGGCCAGGAUACGAAUCGACAGAGGUUGCCAUUAAGCAGCUGAAUCCAAAUGGUUUUCAAGGGGACAAAGAAUGGCUGACUGAAGUUAGCUACCUAGGACAACUUAGCCACCCGAACCUUGUAAAGCUGAUUGGGUACUGUUGUGAAGAUGAGCAUAGGCUACUGGUUUACGAAUAUAUGGCAUCCGGAUGCCUGGAGAAACAUCUGUUUCGCAGAAUGUCUGCUACUCUCACGUGGUUGAGACGAAUAAAAGUUGCUCUAGAUGCUGCGAAAGGUCUUGCUUUUCUUCAUGGCUUGGAACGACAAAUCAUAUAUCGUGAUUUUAAGACUUCAAAUAUCUUGCUCGAUUCGAAUUUUAACGCAAAACUUUCCGAUUUUGGACUUGCAAAGGAAGGACCUAUGGGAGACCAAACUCAUGUGUCCACGCGUGUUAUGGGCACUUAUGGGUAUGCAGCUCCAGAAUAUGUGAUGACUGGGCAUUUAACGGCUAGAAGUGAUGUAUAUGGUUUUGGAGUGGUUUUGCUCGAGAUGCUAAUAGGAAGAAGAGCAUUUGACAAGAGUAGACCAAGCAGAGAACAUAAUCUAGUCGAAUGGUGCCGCCCGCUUUUGAACAAUAACAAGAAACUUCUUCGAAUCUUGGAUUUAAGAAUUGAUGGACAAUACUCGGUCAAGACUAUGAUGAAAGUGGCAAACCUCGGACACCUAUGUCUAAGCCAAAACCCGAAAGGAAGGCCGUCAAUGAGUCAUGUAGUUGAAGUUCUAGAAGCUGCUUAUGAAGCGGAGCAAAAACGGGAAAUGUCAUUGUUAGCUCAAAACGGAAGUGGAGUUACCCUCUAUGAAGCUCCUAAGGCGAACCCCAACACCAGCCUCUCGGUAGAGAAGACAAUUGAGACCGAAGAUGAAAGAGUUGUUGUCCCACAUCGAAGGAGAGAAGGAAGAGGCAGAAGUGAGCAUGAUAUUUUUGGCAAACAUUCACCUGAAAUCGGGUUUCGUAAUAGAUCAUAUAGAGAUCAGACUACAAAAUGAACGUUUUAAGGCGCUACAAAGUAGUGUUUAUCAUGUUCUGCGUCGAUUUUGUUCUUUCAUUAUGUGUGAAUUGUGAACCUUACUCUACCCUUGUGGAAGAGUGUCGCGGGUAAUUCUUUUCGGUACAUCAGAUAAUGACGAUCUAAGUGUUGUAUUAGAAAGAAGUGAGUAGUAGCUUAUUUACCGAGCCUCCUGCAUCAGCAGGGGAGUAACCAUUAUGAAUGUGUAUAUAGACAUUGAUUAAUAUGAAGUCUUUUGGUAUUUGAUCUGUCAUUAAUUUAUAUUGUAUAA